AUGACUUCCCCUGAAAAUCAGCAUCCUGAACAAGCGAACUCUGGGUCGGUGAACUCUGAGGAAAUUGUGGAGUACAAGCUGAACCCUGGAGCUCGUUACGGAUGCUGGGAAAACAAUGAUCCUGACCCGAAGAAACGUGAUGUGGCGAUGGUGCAUGGUGCUGUGAACGACUGCCGGACGAGAGUUCUCCUGGAUACCGGUGCGACUGUGAAUAUUCUGAGUUUCGACUUAGCGCGUAAGCUCGGACUCACACUCAAGUCGCACAAACAGACCAAGGUGUCUGGCAUGGGAGGCGUUCCGACGUACAUCGGUGCCAGUGCUCAGAGGAUCGCCUGGGUGUCGACAUGCCCGUGGAAACCACACCUGGCCCCUGGAGAAUCCAAGGUGGUGAAGAUUUCGUAUGGACCGACGAACCCACCGCGUGAGGUUGUGUGGGCAGGACGAGGCGACCGCUGGGUAACGCACCUGAUCUACGCUGCGAGACGCUGGCCGGCCACCGAGAAGGUGGUCAAAAUCUCGGACAAGGACGUCUGGAUUCACAACAGAACGCUAGUCGCCCGAAUUGUGGAGUAUGGCUUCUUCCCACGUGCCGGACGCUUUGCGCGCCCUGGAUCGUUUGCGUACCGGGAGUGGCAGACUCUUAUUCUGGAGAGUGUUCAGUCGCGUGAGGGCAGACUUCGUGCGGAACGCCUGGAUGCGCUGGAACCAUCCUGUGUCAAGACCCCAGAGUAUCAGUGGCCUACGAAGAUUCUGUCGCGACCUGCAAAGGGCCCCGACUUGGCACUGCUUGCCUCGAUUCUCAGGAAACCGAAGACUCGUCGCGUGCGCUUCGCUGAAGACGCUGCAACCCAGACUGAAGAGGUGCCCCCUGAAGACCCUCCUGAACUCCGAGACGUUGCUAUUGAUACGAGUGACUUGGGUGACGUUCUGAAGCAGGCGGUGACCGAUGUUGCCUCGCAGGCUGUCGGAACCCCGAGUGCAUGA